AUGGAAGAUGAGGAGGUCGCUGAGAGCUGGGAGGAGGCGGCAGACAGCGGGGAAAUAGACAGACGGUUGGAAAAAAAACUGAAGAUCACACAAAAGGAGAGCAGGAAAUCCAAAUCUCCUCCCAAAGUGCCCAUUGUGAUUCAGGACGAUAGCCUUCCCACCGGUCCCCCCCCUCAGAUCCGCAUCCUCAAGAGGCCCACCAGCAACGGUGUGGUCAGCAGCCCCAACUCCACCAGCAGGCCAGCCCUUCCGGUCAAGUCCCUAGCACAGCGGGAGGCAGAGUACGCAGAAGCCCGGAAGCGGAUCCUGGGCAGCGCCAGCCCCGAGGAGGAACAAGAGAAACCCAUCCUCGACAGGCCAACCAGGAUCUCCCAACCCGAAGACAGCAGGCAGCCCAAUAAUGUGAUCAGACAGCCCUUGGGUCCUGAUGGGUCACAAGGCUUCAAACAGCGCAGAUAA